CACAACCCUUCCCUUCAAGAACAAGGUUUUAUAUUUUACAGCGAAGUAUUAGACUCCAUUUCCAAGCUCUGGAUUCCAAAUGAUAAGGCCCAAAAUAUUAUAAGAAGAUCUUUGUUUUUAUUACCCUAGAGAACUUACUGGCUGAGGAAAUGCCUACAAAAACAAAAACUUUGCUCUUCUUAUCAAGUUUUUUCACAAGCCUUGGGUCUUUCAUCGUAAUUUGCUAUAUUCUUGGGACACAAGAAUGGAUCACCAGUACAAUUGCUGUUAGAGACGAAACGUCGAAUGGUAAUGUUACCCUCACCUGUGGACUUUUUCGUGGUAAGAGUGCUCAACAGUUGGCUCAAGGACUUGAAGAAACAGGAAAAAAUUUUGAAGUUUUAGGAACACUGAGCAGUUCUCCAAAAACUCUACAUUUGGUGGCUAUCCUGUUCCUGGUUCUCAGUUUGUCCACUUCACUCCUGAGUUCUGGGUUCACCUUUUACAACAGCAUCAGCAACCCCUAUCAGACCUUCUUGGGACCAACAGGGGUAUACACCUGGAAUGGACUCGGCGCUUCCUCCAUUUUCAUGACCGUGAUACUGUUUGUGGUGAAUGUACAGUCCAACCAUCUUUCAGAAGAGUUGUUGCAGAGGCUGUAUCCAACAUUCACUCAUGAAGGAAUGACACACAGUUAUGGACACUCAUUUUGGCUCAUUUUUCUUGUCAUUUUUCUAAAUAUCGCCACUGUGAUCAUCAUCAUUUUCUAUCAGAAGGUCAGAUACCAGAGAAAGCAAGAGCAGAAAAAGCCAAUGGAAUAUGCUCCAAGAGAUGGGAUUUUAUUCUGAAUUUUAUGCCAUGUCACUUUGGUAUUACAUCUAUUUUAUGCCAGUUUCCUGAGUAGUGCUAUUUAUCUGGACAAUCAUAAUGGUAAAGUGACUGCCAUUUGUGAAAGCGUUUGCAUUUCAUAAUACUGCUUCCUUCAUAGAUGCUGUACUCUUAAAACAAGUUUUUUCCAUAAGAGUGAGAAAGAUCAUUGGAACAGGUCACCAGUCUAUGCAGUGUUCAAAGCAGUAGAAUAAUGAUGAGCCUAUGGACCCUUCUGACCUAGUCUCACUAUCUGAAAUAAUAAAAGCUAUACUGUUCACCUUUACUUUGAGUAGAUCAAAGCACGUCGGUACUUAUGAUCUCAUUCUCCCCAGGAGGGACCAGGGCUUUUUAUCCCACUCUAUGAAUGAAGACUUCUAGGUUCAGAACUUGUGUUUCCAGGACCAGAUGUUAGAGGUGAAAGAAGAAACUUAACCACAAUUACCUGACUCUCUGAACCAUCAACUACUGAUAAAACUCAAACCCAAGGAUGGGUAGAAGUUCUGAUAUGUGAUCUUUCAACCAACUUUGAGAUUCCAAGGUGUAGUUUUUGGAGAAAAGAAAUUACAAAUGUGAAGAGCAGAGAAAGAUAUAAAUUGUAGUCGUAUGUUCUAUAUGCUAAGGAGGCUAAAUAUUUUAUUUUUAAUUUGAUAGAAUUGUGAUGAAUUAGGA